AUGUCACGGUGGGACAAUGGCACCUACAAUGAGUCCUACACCAGCUUCCUCCUGGUGGGCUUCCCAGGGAUGAGGGAAGCCAGAGCCCUCCUGGUGCUGCCCUUCCUCAGCCUCUACCUGGUGAUCCUCUUCACCAAUGCCCUGGUCAUCCACACAGUGGCAUCCCAGCGGAGCCUGCACCAGCCCAUGUACCUGCUCAUUGCCCUGCUCCUGGCUGUCAACAUCUGUGCUGCCACCACUGUGCUGCCUGCCAUGCUGUUCAGUUUCUCUACACGCUUCAACCGUAUCUCCCUCUCUCAAUGUCUGGGACAGAUGUUCUGCAUCUACUUUCUGGUUUCUAUGGACUGCAACAUCCUGCUGGUGAUGGCCCUGGAUCGCUAUGUGGCUAUCUGCUACCCUCUGCGCUACCCAGAGAUAGUGACAGGACAGCUACUGGCUGGCCUGGUGGGGUUGGCAGUCACCAGGAGCACAUGCAUCGUUGCUCCAGUGGUGGUGCUGGCCUCCCGAGUCCGCUUCUGCCGCUCAGAGGUGAUCCACCACUUUGCCUGUGAGCACAUGGCCCUCAUGAAGCUCUCCUGUGGGGACAUCUCACUGAAUAAGACUGUGGGACUCAUCAUACGCACCUUCAACAGAGUCGUGGAUAUGCUUCUGCUGGGAGCCUCCUACUCCCGCAUCAUCCAUGCUGCCUUCAAGAUCUCAUCAGGUGGAGCACGGGCCAAGGCCCUGAACACCUGUGGCUCCCACCUGCUGGUCAUCUUCACUGUCUACUCCUCCACCAUGUCCUCAUCCAUCGUCUACCGUGUGGCCCGCACUGCCUCCCAAGACGUGCACAACCUGCUGAGUGCUUUCUACCUGUUGCUCCCGUGUCUGGUCAACCCCAUCAUCUAUGGGGCCAGGACCAAGGAAAUCAGGCAGCACCUGGUAAGGUCAUUCCUGUGUGUGGGCCCGUGA